UUGUACUGUUGCUCCUCAGGCUGCACAGAGUGAUGUCCCAAGAGGAGGAAUUGAUCCUUUUGCGGCAGAAAGUUCUAGAGUUAGAGGAUGAAGUUCUGCGCCUGAGGGAGACGUCUGUCGGAGGAAAAGGCAGUCAGUCAGGGGAGGAAAAGCCUCGAGGAAAGCGAAAGCAGCGGCCUCAGCGGCCAUUUGACUUUGCAGCCCACCCCAAGCAGCACGUGGCUCUGCGCCUGGCGUAUCUCGGCUGGGGGUACCACGGCUUUGCCAGCCAGGAGAACACGAGGAACACGGUGGAGGAGGUAGUGUUCGAUGCCCUGAUGAAGACUCGGCUUGUGGAAAAGAGGCAGACAUCAAACUACCACCGCUGUGGCAGGACAGACCGGGGCGUCAGUGCGCUGGGGCAGGUCAUCUCUCUCGAUCUGCGUUCCAAUGCGCCCGGCACACCUGAGAUCCGUUACGUCCAUAUCCUGAAUCGCGUGCUUCCCCCUGAUAUUAGAGUGCUUAGCUGGGCGCCGGUGCCCCCCUCGUUCAGCGCUCGCUUCAGCUGCCGUUCCCGCACAUACCGCUAUUUAUUUCCGCGAGCGCAGCUUGACGUGGAGGCCAUGGACCGAGCUGCGCAUCUUUUGGAGGGAACUCAUGACUUCCGCAACCUGUGCAAGAUGGACGUGGCCAACGGGGUUCUCAACUUUACGCGUACCGUGAUAAGGGCCACAGUGGGUGCCGUUCCGGAGCUUUUGCAGGAUGAAGGGCCAUUUCAGCUGUGCCAGCUGGAGAUCACAGGCCUAGCCUUUCUCUACCACCAAGUCCGGUGCAUCAUGGGAGUCCUGUUUCUGGUCGGCCAAGGAAAAGAGAAGCCCGAAGUGAUCACGGAACUUCUGGAUGUGGAGAGACAUCCCUGCAAACCGCAGUACAAUAUGGCGGUAGAGUUCCCGCUGGUGCUCUACGACUGUCAGUUCGAGGAUGUUCUGUGGGUAACGGAGAGGGACACGCAGAGCGCCAACAUUUCACACCUACAGCGACUCUGGACCGAGGAGGCUGUGAAGACUCAGAUCCUUCGGAUGGCGCUGCGCAGUCUGGACGGUGCCCUGAUCACGGGGGAAGCAGGUGACAGCGCGGUCCCAUGGAGUCUGUGUGAGCCGGGGAUUUCCCAUCAGAGCAGUGGACUGGUGGAGGGUGUGAGUGCGCGCAUGUACACUCCAUUAAUGAAGAGACGCGUCUGUCAGGGUCUCGAAGAGAGGGUGCAGCAUUACGUUAAGCGUGGAAGAAUUGUAAUGCCGCCCGAGGGGGGAGAAGGUGCGAGAUCUCGGGGAGAGAAAACCCCCGAAUGGAGGAAAGAGGACACUAAGAGCAAUGGCGACAGACUGAGAGCUGGAGAUGAUGAUGAUGAUGUGGACACGGUGGAGACCCGGGAGUCCUCUGCCGACAUCUUAGAAAACAUCUCCAAAAAAGUCCGUCUCAGUCCUGUGAAUGACGUGUAACGGCGAGCGCUCGGAGGGACCCUCCGUGACCCCGAUUCACAGGCGGAUUCCAGCUUCUGAAUGUUUUUGUUAUUGUCUGCAUUUUUAUUUUAUUUUUUAAUAAAAAUCUAUUUGCGGCGUU